GGAAAAUCCGAUGUAUUUUUACCGAUUGAUUAAUUUAGAUGCAGGCAUUUAGUGGUUUAUUGAUUAAUAAUGGCCAAGAGUUUUGUUGAACGCCCAAAGAUGCCAACUCUAUCCGAUAUUUCCAAGGAUAUAGAGGAGGCGCCAAAUGAUGACGUGGUUUUUACCAAAUUCAAUUCAGCUGAUAUUUUGAAUGGAAAUAGCACCGUUGAUUUAGAAGAGGAUCAAGAAGAAAAAUCAGACUCAAAUUCUAUCAAUCUCCAUCAAUUAAAUGAAAAUAUCACAGAAGCCUAUCAAAAAGCUGUUCAUAUGGUGAAAUUGUGUGAAAUAUUACGGGAAGCUCCCUCGAACAUAGAGGAAGAGUAUAAAGAGUUAGAAUGUUUAGGAGAAGAAGUGUCUACUGCUAUUGAAGACUUGAAACGUUCCUCACAAUCUCUUCUUGCUUCUACCUCAUUGAAACCAUCACAGGGAAAAAAGAAAAAGGGGAAAAAAUAAUGGUCUAGAUAUUUAAAAAAUAAACAAUGCAAAUCUAGAUCUUAAAGUGUGUCUUUUUUGAAAGGGUUGAAUGUUUAUGACAGAUUUUUAAGUUUGAUUGGUUUUAUUUAAAACAUUUGAAUUGCACUGAAAAUUUAUUGAAAGUAUUUAUUAUGUAGACAGUAAUAAGCUUUAGCUGUCUUUAAUGUGUGCAAUAAGGAAUGUAAAUUGUUUUUGAUCAAGUGUUUUGUAGUCAUCAGAAAAUUGCACAAAUAUUUUUAAGCCUACACUAGUUACCUGUGCAUGUGUUAAUACCCUAUUGGAUUAUAGAUAAAUAUAUCUAACUGCUCCAUUCCUCACUUACAUAGAGUUAAUAGAUGUUCACUGAUGUCAUUAAUCCAAUGAGCCCAAGACCACAUAGCUCAAUCCAACAAAGAAUCAGAUUUAAUAGUUAUUUGAGAGUUACUAGUUAUAAGAAAUCUGAAGAGAGGACUGGAAGAACUGAUAUGAAUAGUCUGUGUAUAAAAUUAAUAUGUUUCACUAAAAUAUUAGACUUAAGAUUAUCUUACGCAAACUCUUACGUGUGUUUCACAAACAAACUAACUUACGUCCACAGCAUUGUUUUGUUGAAUUUACAGAAAAGAAAUAUAUUUCAUAAGAUUACUAUGAAGUUUGUGUGGAAUUCAUCCACAGUUCAUUGCAAGACCGCAAUAAUGCCAGCACCGUGGGCGUUGUCUGAAGAGAUGUUGGCUUCUGAGAUAAGCAUUAUCGAGGAAAAUAAAUGCAAUAAAGGUAUCCUCCUAUUCUUUCUGGUAUUUAGUAGACGGGUUCAUAGCCGAGAUAAUAAUCAGUAGUUUUGUA